AUGGGUCCGGAGGCUCCUCUACCUCUUCCAGUCGAGUUCUCGGACGUGGACGAAUAUGUCGAGUCACUACUGAAAUUUGCAAACACCUCUUGGAUGCUGCAGACGCUAUGUGGAGGGGUUCACGUUCUGGAUUUCUACACAAGAUCACCGGACCUGUACGCUAACAUACUGCCUGAAACAUGGCGAACAUGGUUCCGAGGGCGCGACAUCAUGGAUAUUCUAGACCUGCUCAUGCGAGAAGACCUCAAGCAGUUUGAUGAAGCUAAGGGAGGAAACACCUGGCGUGACGGUCCGGUACCACCAGAAGAACUUCUACAGUAUAUCAGAGAUGUACGUAGACACCUCCUCGCCAGAGGCUUCCCACCACCAGGAGCACCUGCAGCGCCAGAGAAAGCAAGCAUUGCGCGCCACAUAGCUCUUGGAAUGAAAGUUAAGAAGGUGCACGAAGUAGACAACUUCGCUCGCUACAUCGACAAACUGACCUCAGAGAUAAGAUCAUCCGGAAGGAAAGAGAUUACGCAUCUUGUGGACUUUGGAUCGGGACAGAACUAUCUGGGACGGGCGCUGGCUGCACCACCUUACUCUAAGCAUCUUGUCGCGGUCGAAAGCAGGCAACACAAUAUUGAAGGUGCCAAGAAGAUGGACAUCAAAGCUAAGCUUGUCGAGAAGCCGGUUGUUUAUGUGAACAAGAAGAAGUAUCGGGCAGAGUUCGAACAAGAUAAAAAGAGGAAAAAGAACAAAUUAAAGGGAUUGACCGCUCAAUCGAAUGAAUACACUUGUGCCACUGAGGGUGCAGAAAAGCUAGGAGGAGCGAAUUCGUCUGUGCGUGAGCCAGCUGCUGACGCUAAGGCACCAGCAACGAAUGGAAUCAAGUGCGACGAUCAUGGAUGCGAGAUCGUGCCAGGCGCACACUCAAAUGAGAUCAACAGUAUCAAUCCGAAGACCAUCACGACCAAUUUGCAAGUCUACACAGAGGGUCAAGGCAGUGUGCAAUAUGUCAAACACAUCAUCAAAGACGGAGACCUAAACCCAGUCAUCGACCAGGUUCACGACAGUACUUCCAUCCAUUCAGGAGCUUCAUCAUUGGCGUCAACCGUCGUCCAAGAACCCACCAACCUGUCGUCCGUUCCAAAACCCGCCAAUGUCAAUGCCAUGGUCAUGUCUCUUCACUCAUGUGGCAACCUCGUCCACCACGGCCUCCGUUCACUUCUGCUUAGCCCAGCUGUCGCCGCCGUAGCAAUGGUAGGAUGCUGUUACAAUCUCGUUACCGAGCGUCUUGGGCCUCCAACCUACAAGCUUCCUACCCUUCGACCAAAUCAUCCACGUCUCGAGAAGACUGCGAAUGCUUUUGAUCCUCAUGGUUUCCCCAUGUCUGAGAAACUCGCUUCAUAUCCGCUCCCACACACUCCGUUGCAAUCUGCCAACGGGGAGUCUGAUACAAUUGAGCAGCCCAAAGGUGUCAGACUCAACAUAACAUCUCGCAUGAUGGCUGUGCAAGCACCCUUCAACUGGGGUCGCACCGACAGCGAACUGUUUUUCUUGAGGCAUUUUUACCGCGCCCUUCUCCAAAGAAUCUUCCUCGACCGCGGUGUGGUAUCUACACCCGUCGAAGCCGAUCGCAUGGUCGGCGGUUCAGCCUCCGGUCACACCAGCAAAGUCGCGUGGACGCCACCCAACGGACGUGGACCAGGCCUCAGCUCCGACGGCACCUCUACACCGCUCACCAUUGGCACUUUGCGCAAGUUCGCAUACAACGACUUCAAGUCAUACGUUCGUGCUGCGAUUACGAAGCUUACGACUCCAAACUCAUUCUGUGAGGUUGAUCCGGAAUUUAUCAAGGAGAAGAUGCGUGGGCUGACCGACGAGGAUAUUGAGGGGUACGAAGAAAGGUACAGGGAGAAGAAACACGAGUUGAGUGUCAUGUGGAGCCUUAUGGCAUUUAGUGCCGGUGUGGUAGAAGCUGUCAUUGUUACCGAUCGAUGGCUGUGGUUGAAGGAGCAAGAGGAGGUGGAGACAGCGUGGGUAGAGCCGGUGUUCGAUUACACACUGAGUCCGAGGAACCUGGUGGUUGUGGGGAUCAAAAAGCAAGCUUGA